GGUCCUCUGGAAGUGGCACAGGUAUUUUUGACUGAGAUCCCUGAUGACCCCAAGCUGUAUCGGCACCACAACAAACUCCGACUUUGCUUCAAAGAUUUCACUAAGAGAUGUGAAGAUGCCCUUUGUAGAAGCAAGACCCUGAUUGGACCAGACCAACGCGAGUUCUUGCGAGAACUAGAGAGGAAUUACCGGCGCCUAAAAGAAGCCCUACACCCACUACUCAACCGCAAAAUCCCUCAACUCUACACACCAGUUGCCCCUCAUUCUGCGCACAGAAACUCCUUCAACAAAUUGUGUCUGCAGAAGAUGGAAGCCUAACCUGGAUUUCUUGAAUUAUAAAGAGCCUAAUUUAUGAGAGCAAGCACUGAACUUUGCAGCCACCAGAGUUUCAGUCUUAAUGAAGGAUUGUGCGCUUACUUUGCACUGGAAGACAAUAUUGGGAUUCCUGCCCUGUUUUUUUCCUGACAUUGUUCAAGAUUUGAAGACAGAGUUUCAAUCAAAUGGAAGGAGAAUAUUUGUUGAAGACGGUAGGAGCUGCCUCCCACACUCUGCCUUGUUGAAGUCUGAGCUCCACCCUCAGGAAACUUCUCGGCACGUGGCCAUCUGACUUGGGAAGGCUGGGUGAGAUUCCUGCAGAUCUUCUUGAUCCAAAGGGAGAUUUGUGUCACAGAGACUGGCCUUGAAUUUCCAUACACAGCAGGU